AUGUCGACAAAAACUAAUGAACCACAGUCAAAGCCUGUAUGGGCCGGCAAGGACGGCCGCUUCAAUCGCCAGGAAUCCACCUUCCGUGAUGAAAUCAAGAAGGGCGGCCAAUUUGAGCCUGAGCGUGGCCGCUACAAGCUCAUUGUAGCGGAGGCAUGCCCAUGGGCGCACCGUGCACUGAUUGUGCGUAAGCUCAAGCGGAUGGACGAGGUGCCGGAUCUGCUGCCGGUCACGGUGGUCGACUCGUUCCUCGCUCAAGAGGGCUGGAGCGUCGCCGAGCUUCAGGUGGACCGUCCGCAUGUGCCUGGUACGGGCAACAACAUCCCUGGUCAUGAGGACAAGAAGUUCCUUCGUGAAUUCUACCUCGCGGCCGACCCGAACUACGAAAAGCGCCCCACGGUGCCCGUAGUAUGGGACAACAAGUUGAACACGAUUGUGAACAACGAGUCGUCUGAUAUUAUCCGGUUCCUUGACUCUUGCUUCGACGAAUUCCUUCCGAAGGAAGUGCAAGGUGUACGGUACUACCCGGAGGAGCUGCGCAGUGAAAUUGACGAAUUCCACUCGUGGGUCUACCCCCAAAUUAACAACGGUGUGUACCGCUCCGGCUUUGCGACGACGCCUGAAGCGUACGAGGAGGCUGUCAUCCCGUUGUUUGAAGCCCUUGAACGUGUGGACAAGCUGAUCGGUGACAAGACGUACAUCUUCGGCGGCCGCUUGACGGAAGCAGACAUUCGUCUGUACACUACGAUUGUGCGUUUCGACCCUGUGUACUUCUCGCACUUCAAGUGCAAUCUGUACCAGAUCCGCAGCGGAAAAUUCCCGAACCUGCAUCGCUGGCUGCGUGAGAUGUACUGGAACCACCCUGGUUUCAAGGAGACGACCAACUUUGACUCUAUCAAAGCGCACUACUACAGCAGUCACAUCGCCAUCAACCCGACCAGCAUUGUGCCGCUGGGCCCCAAGCCGCAUAUCCUGCCUCUGGACAACUAA